AUGCAUACUACACUUUGGUUCCUCCUCGCUGCUACUGCUGCUGCUCCUAUACUCGGGGCUGACAGCGGUAAGGCGUCUAAGCCUCAGAUGGGCUGGAACUCGUGGAACACAUUCAAGGCCAAUAUAAAUCAGUCCAUCAUCGAGGCCACUGCAAAGGCCUUAGUCGACAAGGGCCUGGCUAAAGCAGGAUACAACUACCUCAUCAUGGACGAAGGCUGGCAAGCCGAUGAACGCGCCGCAGAUGGUUCACAAUUAUUCAACGCCACACGGUUUCCGUCAGGAGGCUCAGCCAUCGUCGACCACGUUCACAAUAUGGGUCUCAAGAUUGGGAUUUAUAGUGACUCGGGUGUAUUCACCUGCGGCUUCGCCCCAGGGAGCUGGGGCUACGAAGAGCUCGACGCCCAGACGUACGCUGACUGGGGCAUUGACUACCUCAAAUACGACAACUGCGGAGGCUUCCACGCCGGAACGCACACCCAACAGGAACGCUUCCAGAUCAUGUCCAACGCACUGCGUAACACCGGCCGCGACAUCUUCUAUUCGCUGUGCCAGUGGGGACACCAGUUCCCCUGGUAUUGGGCGGACCAAGUCGGCGCUGCGUCGUAUCGCAUGUCAGGUGACAUUCACGCCGCAUUUGCAAAGGACAAAUCCGGUGUGUGCAAUACGGCAUACUGUCUCAACACGGGGUAUGCUGGUGUCAGCGUGUUGACAAUGAUCCGCAAGAUGAGGGAGAUUUCUCCAUUUCAGCACAGGAGCCGGGCGUCAUGGGCGGAUAUGGAUAUGCUCGAGGUCGGGGUCGGGAACGUGAUGACAGAGUUUGAGGAGCAGACGCACUUCUCCUUCUGGGCUGCUUUAAAGUCCCCUCUCAUUAUCGGCGCUGACGUCGCCACGAUCCGCGAGUCGUCGCUCAAAGUUCUCCUCAACGAGGAAGUGAUUGCCAUCAACCAGGAUGAGAGGGGUGAAGCGGUGAGGUAUCUCCCCGGUCUAUCGACGGAGGGCAAGGUACAGGUCUGGGCGGGGCCGGUUGAGACUGGGAAAUAUCGGCAUGUUGUCCUGGCGCUGAACUACGGGAACGAGACAGUGGACAUUGAAGUGCCGUGGAAUGAAGUCGGGAUUGAGGAAGGGUGCAGUAGUGGGAUUAAAGUGAGGGACGUGUGGGCCGUUAAGGAUCUGGGGCCUGUGGAAGAAAGGAUUGUGUUACAGGGAGUGGAAGUUGGCCAGACCAAAGUACUUCUACUAUCAUGUUAA